GAAGUACGGUGGCCCGGAGGGCGCUUUUGUGGGUUAGGAUGGUGGUGGCAAGGCUGAGUCUCCCAAGCCAGAUCCCUGGCAGGUAACUGGGAGCGGCCGCGGAGCUCCGCGGGGGAGGAAUGUGUGCCGCGGACUGAAAGGCAGGUCAGAGGGUCUAAGGUUGGGGUGGCAGCAGUCCGCAGGAAGCGAGGAGAGGGGCACCCUGUGUCGCCGCCCCUCCUCAGCGCUUUUCAGAGGCGGGUGCCGGGUCUGUGGCUCGUCUUUCGGCCCCCGAGGCCCCUUUACCGACCAGGCUGGGCUUGCCUCGCCCGGAGAGGAGAAGAGGACUCUCUUUGGAACGGUGGUAACGCUGCAAGAGCUUUCCUGCGAGGAUAGCGACCCUCACGGAUUUCUGACAAUGGAGGGGAAAGGAGAAUGGAAAAUAAUGCGAGAUGGACGGGUUUAUUGAGUGCGUGUAUUCAUUUAGAAAGUGUUAACUGGCUAGACACGGUUCUAGCCGGUAGGGAGACAACAGUGAACAUGAGGGGUGCGAUCACCUGUCCUCGUGGAGCUUUCGCUUUAAAAUAGGAGACAGAUAAACACAAAAUUAUCACAAAGGGAUAGGUUAUAUAAAGAAAGUGAAGCAAAUAAUGGGAUCGAGUUUGACUAGGAUGUGAUGACUAUCUUAGAUAAGUAGUCAGGAAAGAUCUCUGAGGAAGUGAUAUUUGAGCUGAGAUCUGAAUGAGGAGGGGCCAACCGUGCCAAGAUCUGGGGCGAUGGGGUGGGGAUAAUUUUGAAGGCAACAGUACAAAGGCUCUGAUGCUGGAAUAAUCUUUGCUGUUUAACAGCAACCGCAAGAAAGAAGACCCCCGUACUUGAGCAGAUGUAGGUUUCUUUGGCCAGCAUCAGUACUUGAAAAGACAUUGUCAUGAGGAAAGAUUGAUGCUUAGUCACAGAAGAACCAGCCUAGCAUCUGUCCUCUUCAUUCAUUUGAUGGAACUCACCAGACAAUUAAGAAGAUAAGUUUAUUCAGGCUAUUGCAAAAGGGAGAAUGUUCAUUAAUAGAAUACCUCUCGAAGAAGAAGGAGAGAAUGUGAGUUUUUAUGAAACAAGGGAGUCAAUGAGGAAGCAUGGAGGGGAGUCCUAUCUGGGAAUGUGGUUUCACCGAAGAACCCUCUUAGAGAUUCAUCGCAUUUCUAAGAUUAAUAUUUACAGUUUGGAGUCGUCAGCUUUCUCAUGAGAUGUAUUUUGGCAGCCAAAAUGAAAGCUUUUUUUGAAGUGUUAGAACAAUUCUACAAGAAGGUACUUCUGGGAGCCACACUUGAAAAUGAGAGCCAGGAAUACAUCUUUUAUCUCAACCCAGCAGUUUUAGCUCAGGAUUGCUCUACAGCCGCUUCUCCAGAAUGCUCGAACCACCGUGGUGUCCAAGGCAGGCACCAGCCACCCAGCACCACGUUGGGUACCAUUUCCGUAGUGCCUGUGUGUUUGAAGAGACACUCUCCGAUGUGCAGCGCCCGAGAAAUCAUGCUCCUUCAGUUAACAGUAAUCAAAGUGAUGAUAACUAGAAUAUUGUCUGUUGAAACUGACUUCCACGCAAAGGAAAAAUACAGAGAUAUAAUUACAAUUCUUUUAAAAUCCUCUGACAUCGAUUCAACCUUAACCUGUAUGUUCCAAAACUCGGAUAAAUUGUUAUGUCACAUGGCUGCCAAGUGCCUUGCACUACUUCUGUAUUUCCAAAUGAGAGAAGAGAUAGCAUUAAGUAAUUCCUGGAUUGCUUUUUGCCAGACAAAUCUUUCUGAAUACCCUGAAAGUGAGAAAGCAGUGUACUGCCUCUGGACCCUUACUUUUAUAAUAAAGGAAAUCUUUAAAGACUCAUGUUCACAAAAAACAGAAAUUUUAAAGCAGUUCCUGACUCUUUUUGACACUGCUUUUGAAGUUUUUUACAAUUCCUUAUUUUCUCAGCAUUUUGAAAGCUGCCAAGAUACCUCUAAAAUAAUAAACAGUUUGAUAUGUUCCCUGGAAUUGCUUGAACUUCUUAUAGCUUCCAGAGUUCAUCUGAAGCUACAUUUCAUUUGCCAGAGGAUUUUAUUUUUGAAACCCUCUUGUGUGCUAGGUGUUAUUACCUGGCCCGUUCAGGCUUUUGUCAAAAGGAGGUUCAUCAUAUUCAUCAAAAAGUGCCUUCUCUGGAAAGUGGGUGAAGAUCUGUGUCGGGGAACUGGCCCUGCCCUGAUGCCACCAGAUCAGCAUUUAGGUGUAGACAUAUUGGCUUUAGCUGAUGCUGUUUUGCAAGCUGUGGAUUUGGGCUUAUUGAGGACAUUGUCUGUCCACGGAAAACCUCCCUUCUUCGGUGGAGAUGAAGUUCAACCUGCACAUGAGCGUGUCCCUGGUCCAGAUCAUGUAAUCCUCAGAGCAGCAAGCCUACUUAUCAUUAAAUCCUUAGAAAUCAAGUUUCAAAACUGUGCUUCAGCAAAUGAUAUGAAAGUUGGUUUACAGAAUUUCAUGGCUGAGUUACUGACCUUCUUAAAGCCUCACCUUCAGCCCUCCCUUCAGCCACACAACGCAUGUGAGUGGAUCUCCAGGGUCUUCAUAGAACAAGACGAUGACAUGGUGGAAGCUGCCAGAGCAUCAUUGGGCAUCUACCUAACGUUGAUCAGAGAAUGUAAAGCUGCUGAAAGCUUGACCCAAGAAAAAGAAAUGUGCAACCAUCACACACAUGAAUAUGGCUAUAAUCCACACUGCGUCUUCUUAUUCUUACUAAAAAAUAUAGGAUUUGAUGCUUCAGUUCUUCUUGACUUUUUGAUUUCAUCGGAAACCUGUUUCCUUGAGUAUUUUGUUAAAUAUUUAAAGUUACUACAAAAAGACUGGACUGACUUUUUCACGAUCUGCAAGUAUUUUGAUGUAACCAAAUCUAAAGACAACAUAAAUAUCUGUGCUUGUAGCCCCUCACUUGUCCAAGACACGAGCAGCAACCAAACAGAACUGAGACCUUUGGCUGCUCUUGGUAAUCACAGAAAUGCCCAUGCUUCCGGCUCCUGGGUUUCUGAUGCCUCUUCCAAACCUCUGAACCAGCUUGUGAUGCCCAAGGAGACCCCCGCCACGCUCCUGGCUGAUAGCCCGUCUCCCCCACGAGCUUCUCAAAGUCUGGUAGAUUAUGACAGCUCUGAUGAUUCUGAGGUAGAAGGCACAGACCAGCAUUCAGCAAACAGUAAACAAGUAUCUUUACACCAAGAAGCAGUGAAGAAAUUUCAGGACACAGUUGGAACAAGUGGGGAGGAAAAAGAAGUGAGCCUCGAGCCUCAGUCAAGGCCUCUGGUUCCCAAACAAUCUAAUAUUCUCUUCUCCGUUGAUUGGGAUACAGUCCCGAAUAACGUCUCUGAAGUGGGACUGUCUUCCAAAACACUGAAGUGCUUUGAGGAGCUACAAAGUGCUGUUUACCGCUUGCAGAAGAAAAAUCUUUUCCCGUAUAAUCCCACAGCACUUUUAAAGUUGUUAAAACGUAUCGGGGCAAUAUAUAAUGAGAGUAUGAACGCCUUGUAAAACGGUAGCACUUUAUUUCCAGGAGCUGUUUUUCCCUAAUGUAAAUUGUGCCUUAAUGAGAUAAUAGUAAAAAAACAACAAACAAAAA